CCAAUAAUCUUUAGUAGGGAGUUUCUUGGAUUCCAGUAAUGGAAUCUUGGAUCCUAGUGAUGGAACUCUUUUGGUUUGUCUUAUGGAGACAAACAGGAAACAUUGUUGACACCAAGACAGAUGGUGUGAAACCAAUCUUAAGGAAGAAUAACAUCAUUGUCAGUCCUGGUUUGGAGAAAAGCCAUGGUGGCUCUUACAAAGUGGAUCUGCAACAAAAGCGCGGUUGUGAAGAUUGUUCAUCCGGGAGGGCAUGUUGAGCUGCACGACGCUCCUGUUCUUGUAGCUGAGAUCAUGAACAGGAACCCCAAGUGUUGUGUUGCACGCCCCAAUGUUUUCCAGCAGCCUUGGGCAGCUAUCCUUGCACCCGACACCACCCUCAUGCCCGGACACAAGUUCUACGUCGUCCCCAAAGGCACCGUCAGAAAACUCCAGUCCCUGGCGCUGAAGCGUUUCCCGUCCAUGGCACGAGAAAUCCAGAAACCUCAACACGACGAGGAGGAAGAGGACUAUGAAAAUGUUACUUCUUGUUUGUCUUUUCACAGGAAUAGCUCCCCCCUUGGACACACCAAGAAGGAUAGCGAUGCACAAUCCUCGUUAAGUGGAGCAUCAAGCAACUCUGCAUCGUCGUCAUCUGAGCCAAAAAGGAACUCUGCUACAAAAAUAGAGAUUGUACCUAAUAGACUUUCUUCUUUUGACAACUGGCAACCAGGUUUAGAAAGCAUUAGUGAAGAAUGAA